CUCGGGAUCUAACACCAGCAGCGGGGGGUAAAGACACUGCCGCAUGCGCUCUUCCUUCCACCAAAAACACGCAGAAAGGAAGUGGGGACGCUCUGCCUCUUUGAUUUAACUGAUUUUGAGGAGGAAGGAAGACUGUGGUUGGCGUCGGGAGCGGGGCAGCCCGCCGUGCCGAGCAUGAAGCGGACGGCUGUAGUGGCCAGGCACAAUGGCCUCGUCUCUCCGCUGGGGAACAACAACUCUGGAGCUUCGAGCAUCGUCUCGCCGCCCCAGCCGAGAGCCACUAGCAUCUCCGCUUCUGCCGACAGUGGUGUCGGCGGCGGGGUGGACGGCCUGCUGGAUUUCUCCAAAGGCCCCGUCGUCAAAACCGAACUGGUCUGUAAAUGGAUUGACCGAACUUCACCGAGACAUAGGCUGGGGCGGACGGCGACAUCCGUCUGCGACCAAACUUUCAGCUCCAUGCACGAGCUGGUGGACCACGUCACCACCGAGCAUGUAGCAGCGGGGCUCGAGACCCUCAGUCAUGUCUGCAUGUGGGACGAGUGCAUGCGCGGCGGGAAGGCGUUCAAAGCCAAAUACAAACUCAUCAACCACAUUCGCGUGCACACCGGGGAAAAGCCUUUUUCAUGUGCAUUUCCCAACUGCGGCAAGAUGUUCGCACGCUCCGAGAACCUCAAGAUUCACACACGCACGCACACUGGUGAGAAGCCGUUCCAGUGUGAGUUCUGCGAGCGACGCUUUGCCAACAGCAGUGACCGGAAGAAGCACUCACAGGUCCACACGGCCUCGAAGCCCUAUGACUGCAAGGCCCUGGGCUGCACCAAGUCCUACACCCACCCCAGCUCCCUGCGCAAACAUAUGAAGGUUCACAUCAAGUCGUCACCUACCUCUGAACCCCAGGACUCAUACGACUCCAUCCCUCAUCAACUCCAACAACCUCACCUGGCACUCCUUGAGCCCCUUGACCUGAAAAUGAACCGCCUCUCUCCUUCACUUGCCGACAAAAACACUACUUUUCCUCUUCUGUCUAACCAUGAGUUGGACAUCAGCUCUGCGAGCGAUGUAGACCACAAGCUGCUGCUGCGGAGCUCAUCUCCGAUGGCGAUGCCUCUAGAUCUGUCUCUGUCAGGCCUGAAGAGUCAGCUGGCCCAGAAGCAGCAGAGCAGCAGGACCCCUCGGAGGAGUCAGCGUUCAGUCAACCCAGCCUUACCUCAGUUGUCUAACAUUAAAGAGUGGUAUGUCUGUACCAGGACUACAGCACCACACUUCCCUCUACUUCACCCAGACCACAUUAAAUCAGAACCUAGUGAUGAUGAAGAGUACGUCACGUAGGAUGGAGGGCUUGGUGAAACUGGAGGUGAACAACAGACCUCAUACAUUAUCAGACCAGGUCAGGUCAGACAAUGCUCUGUGGAAUCAUAGUUGGAGCAGUUGUAUGAUUCAACAUCAGUGGUCCCUCUGAGAUGGGGCUCAGAUGGAGGGCUGCUUCACUUGUCACCAUCUGUGGACCAAAAACAACGGCUCACAUGAUGCAUCAGAGGAAUUUAAUUUCUGUUUCUCGAACUAAACAAAAAACUGCCAGUUAUCUGAUCAGUGUUAGCGCACUAACCUGAGCUAACAGAAGGGAUAACUUUGUACAGAUGGACCAGUGAAUGUUGGUGACUGCUCUGCUGUAAAGAUGAAGAGGUGUGUAUAUGAUUAGUUUAUCUGAGAGCUCCUCCUAAAUGAAGCAAUUUCAAGGGCUAAACUGACACUGAAGGAAGGUGGUUGAUGUUAACCUGAGCUCACAGUAAUAUUGUACACAUGGUAACAGAGCAGUGAGUGUGUGCCUGUUAAGGCCGCAGUAUCAUGACUGGAAUCAGCUGAUUGUGCUGUCGGAGGGUUUCAGGUGUUUGGUGCAGACUGAGGCCUUCACUAAUGAACCCUGGUAGGGACUUGUUGAUGUGACCACAGUCUAAUCCAACAGAGCAGUCAGCUAUGGGACUGAUCAUCAAGUGUCUCCUUAACCUCUUCAACUCUAUGGACCUGUCAGUGAGUUAACCGUGAAUGUUUACACUCCAUUUAACCUUUAGUUCAGACCCCAGGUUUCCACA